AUGCCUCCGCCUGCCGUCGCCCUUCCUCCUGACGCCCGUCGCACUCCGUCGCGCAACAGUCGCACAGCCAGGCGACGUCGCGUACCCUCAAGCGAUGGCGUCUCGCCGGCGGUACUAGGAUCGCACGGCGGCGCAGGUCGCAAGGGAGUCGCGCCUGUGAACGGGGGAGUGGGUAGGCUUGAUGCGGUCGGGGGAGAGGCGGAGCGGGCGCACGACGGCGGAAGAACCGCACGGGUAGGGGAAGCUGCGGAAGCGGAGGGAGGAAGCGUCAGGAAGCGAUUGCGCGGUGCAGGGCAUGCGGCGGGGGAAGGGCGGGCGCGGAAUGAGGGGGGAGCGGAGGGGAGCGGGGCGGGGCGGUCGGACGUGUCUCAGUUCCUGCGGUCGUGGGUGUGGAAGCGCGAGGGCAAGCCUGACGUCGACCGCUUCGACCGCCCAUACCAGCACACCAUCGCGCGCCCCUUCUGCGCGCUGCACCCCGCGCGCUGCGACGCGCUGCCAUCCGCGCAGACGUCCGCACAACCGCAGCGCGCGCAGCCCCACGCCGCGCCGCAGGCCGCCUCCCCCGACGCAGCUGCGUCUCGCCCAUGCGUGUGCGAGCAGGCGCGCGUGGUGACGAUUGCGCAGCAACGCUUCGGACCGCUGGGAUUCGCGUCCACUGUGUGGGACAGCUCUAUAGUGGCGGGCAAGUUCCUGGAGCGCCACGCUCACCUGGUGCACGGCAAGACGUGCAUCGAACUCGGUGCUGGCUGCGGCCUGCUCGGCAUAACGCUGGCAGUGCUGGGAGCACGGGCAGUGGUGGUGACGGACAUGCCAGGCAACCUGCCGCUGCUGCACCGCAACGUGCACGCUAACGCACUGCACCACACCGUGCACGUGCACACCCUGCGCUGGGGGAACACCCUGGAUGCUUUCGCACUCUCUGUACCUGCUGCUGUCGCCUCGUCCUCAUCCCCCUCUCCCUGCUCCACAUCCCAUGAUGCGGCCAUCUCCUCAACCCCCCCCAAUCCCUCCUCUCACCCGCCAACGUUCGACCUAAUAGUGGCAACAGACGUGGUGUAUGACCACGGAGCAGUGGCGCCCCUGGUGGCCACGCUUGCCAUGCUCUGCGCCCCGCACUCCUCCGUGCUCCUUGCCCACGGCCGCAACCGCCAGGCGCUGCCCGAGUUCCUCAGGCUGGCGGGGGAGCGGUUUCAGGUGAAGGCAGUGGCGUGGGAGGACCUGGAUGAGACGUACCGGUGUGAGGACGUGCAGGCGCUGCUAGAGUUCCUCCUCAAGGAGAUGACAGAGCGGGUUUGGGCCCUGGCAGAGUUCCUCCUCAAGGUGCUGCAGGAGCGGGUUUGGGUGAGGGCGGUGGCGUGGGAUAGCCUGCAUGAGACGUACCGGUGUGAGGACACGCAGACCAUGCUCUCCCCCCCACUGAAUGCCCCCUUGCAUGCUGCUCGCAUGCUGCUGUCGCAGCCCACACCCCAAAAAUACCCCCCAGCUAACCAGCCAUAG